AGCGUAUCACCAACAGAUUUCCUUCAAUCCCCAACAAACCCCAGAAAGAUGGCGACACGAAAUAAAUUCCCACGAGGACAGUGAAAUCCCCUCCCAACUCACUCCACCAACUUCCCAAACUCUCAUUACUCUGUGCUCAUUGUCCUGUACAUUUUCUCCAUGUCGUGUGGGUCCAUAAAGGGACAGUGAGAUAUAUCCCGACAAAAUUUCACCGAUUAUCUGAAUAAAUUGGUGAAUAAACACCAUUUACAACAGACUGAUCAGUCCAAAACACCGAUAGAUAAGUGAAUCAACCAGUAACACUGCAAUAUCCACAUUAAAUUGUCCACGAGAAGUUAAAACAACACAUACAUAUUAACCGAUAGACCAAUCUUAUGAGCAUUUGUCGAGGCGCCAAAGUUGUCCCGCAUCGGCGCUUAUUUCACCCCAAGUGGUAUCAAUGUUGUCUGGCAAUGGUGUGUAAGGAGAACGUGGAAUCAUGGUUUCGGAAUCUGUCCAGUUAUAGCCGUAUCGAUGUAAUGUGCAGUAUGCUGAACAUGUGUUUACCGUUUGAAGUGCGGUACCUGGGUACAUACGUUGAGGACAGAGGAAAGAGAGAUUACAAUGAUUUGCGUGACACUGAGCAUCACGCCAAUAAUGCAUCUGAUGUCAGUGAAUUAUCAACACUGGGUGUCGGUGAUACGAGAACCAGACGAAAACUCAUACUGUACAUCUCCUUGCUGCAUGGCUGCAAUUACUCUUGCGCUGAAAUUCUUUACAAGAUCCUGGGUAGUCUCGAUGAUCAGGAGAUUGACAGCAUAUUGAAUGGGACCACUGUCAAUCAGGAGCAGAAGGAUGAACAGCCACUCGAGGAGCUUCUUCUCCUCUACACCAUGGCACACUAUCAUCCCGGUUUCAGUUUUGACCAGAAGAAGAGAGUUGGGGAUAUUCUUGUUAAACUCCAGAAGGAAGAGACGAGAUUGAAUCCUGAGGAACCCGAACCGAGCAUAGCAGGCAACGAUCGUCUUGAGGGAUCUGGUGAAAUGCCAUCGAACUGUGCAAUGCCUCCAUCGCCACUGCCACAAUAUCCACCAGAGGUCCAGAUGAGGCCCCCACUGAUGGGUGGAGUUGGGCCAGGAAUGACAAUGCCACUUCCAGGUCUGUGCAUUGCACCAGGGACUGAUCAGAUGCCAGUGGGGCCGUCAAAUCCCCAGUACUUGCCCCUAGGUUUUCCCUCAGCAGUGAGUCCCAUGCCUCCAUGGCAGAAUCAGACUGUAAUGAUGACCCCAGUGAAUCAAAUGAUGUAUCCUGCUGAGAUACCAGGAUAUCCAAUGUCCCCAAUGGUCUCUCGACAGUCAUCACCAUCACAAUCACGAUCUCCAAGUCGAAGUAAUUCACCCAUGGCCCGGAGAAAUAAUUCCAGAAUGACAACAGAAGAGGCAGAAGAUCUGACGCAGGUGCCAUGUGUGAGGCCAUGGUGGUCUGCGUCGAGUCGUCAAUCAAAUGUCUCCAACUCUGGUACAAGCAGGAGAAAUAAUUCUCCGAGACUCAUGACAGCCGACGAGGUUGAAGAGAUAACGCAGGUGCCAUGUAUGAGGCCCUUGUGGUCUACGUCGAGUCGUCAAUCAAAUGUCUCCAACUCUGGUACGAGCAGGAGAAAUAAUUCUCCGAGACUGAUGACAGCCGACGAGGUUGAAGAGCUAACGCAGGUGCCAUGUAUGAGGCCCAUGUGGUCUACCUCGAGUCGUCAAUCAAAUGUCUCCAACUCUGGUACAAGCAGGAGAAAUAAUUCCCCGAGACUGAUGACAGCCGACGAGAUCGAAGAGCUCACGCAGGUGCCGUGUAUGAGGCCCAGGUGGACCACCCCCAGUCGUCAAUCAAAUAUCUCCAACUCUGGAACGAGUACUGGACUACCAGCAGUGAAUCGCAGUACUCCUAGUCAGAGGGUAGCAACCAGAGAGUCUCCCAUGAAUUACUCCAGGCACAAUGACAGUGAUAAUCUCAAUACUGCUGCUGCUAGUAGUAUUGAUAAUAAAGCUAAUAAACAACCACCACCUGCACGGUUGCGAUCAUCUGUCUCCGGGGAUUCCAUCAGGGACAGUGGAGAGGAUCUCCCCAAUUUCAAAGGCAAUCUACAGAAUUACUCGCAUGAAGAGAUCAGGAGAUUGAGUGACGAAGACCUGAGAGACAUUGGUCUGACCCCAAAUGCAGUAGGUCAGCUUCGAAACAUCGUGAGAAGUCAAACUACUAACGGUCUCUCGAGUCAGCCAUCAGUUUCCCUCCCGGAGAAGAAACCAGAAGUAUCAGCACCCCUGAACCACCCGCCACCAUCGCCCCUACCCCCUGCAGACUGCGAAGUUGUCCAAAACAAUGACCAAUUGAACGAAACAAGUGCCAUGAAGGCAUCUCCACUUCCCCAGCCCCUCCCCGAGCUGUACCAACCCCUUCUACAUCACCAUCACCACCACAACAACCACAACUUGGGAGGAAUUAGAAGAUACCCUACAAUGCCACCCCUAGAUCCCAGCCAGAUUCCCCAGAUGUACACAACCCCACCUCCAACCCUUUACCCAACCCAAAAUCCUUGCUACGCGUGUUUUCCAGUCUCGGGUAUUCCAACACGUUUCACCAGAUGUCCAUCACAGCACAUGUACUGCCUGACACACCUCCAGACCCUCAGACUGGACGACAGCAGUCGUCAGGGCUCACAGAGCAGUAGUUCAGACAGCACUGGAAGUAGAUCACCACCAGAAACACCACCAGCAGCUCCAUGGGUGAAUUCAAAUGCCACGACGACUGUCAUGAAUUCUCCAACGUCCACAGGCACAAUAACGAUGUCCUCGAUUACCCCAGGUGGUACGAUUGUCUCAUCAUCGAGUUCAGGGGUAAUACCAACGUCUGUGAUCACAACAGCAACAGCAACAACAACAACACCAGUGACAAGUGAUGGCUAUAAUCCACCUGAGCACAAUCAGGGCUCCAUUGUGACACAUCAGACUGGACACAUACCACAGAUGAGUGAUAGACCUAGACACAGGAAGGGACACAUGAUGAGGCACAAAAAUCAGAUGAUUAAUGGUGCACCUGCUGUCAAUAUGGCACCCUGUAUAUCAGCUUUUCCGGUAUCUGGACACUCGCAGAUGACUUUUCUACCCCAUGGUCAUGUCUCAUUGAGGCCUAAUACUGCUAUGUAUCCAAGUUUUUCUGGGUACAGGCCCAGCUAUCCUGGCAGCUUUCAGUCCAAUGGGGAGAUUAUGUUCCCUUAUCCACCACCUACUACUGGUGGCACUCCACCACCUCCUACUAUGCCACCUUCGACGGUUACUGUCGUUGUACCAUCUCCAGCACCACAGAGCUAUAUGCCACCUGCUUCUGUUGUACCCUUCACAGCAACCGUCCAGCAACCCAAAAUAUCUUGUUAUAAUUGCGGGAGUAGCAGUCAUCAUCCUGGGGAUUGCAAGGAUCAGACUAUGGAGGAUCUUACGAAGAGAGCACCAUAUCGAUUAGACUAUUCAACAGCGAAGCAACCCGCCGAUUGUCUGAACGACAAGUGAUCUCUGAACCGUAAAGGGGCGAUUAAAACGAUAACAACGACCCAAGCCACUCUGGCAAGAGUACGUCACGAAAUAAAAUCAAAAUCCCUUGAUAAUCGGCAAAAUUGCAGCCUCUACCUGCAAUUACUUGUUGAAAUACCUUACAAUCAACAUUACAUCGCCGACAGAGAUUUUUUAAACGCUGAUCUAUCACAAUUAACUCUACCAAGUACACGUUUUACAAGUUACUAUUUAUGACCCUCAUUGUAAUUGUUAUUAAUAUUAUUAUGAAUCCUAGAAAAUAUCUAUACAUAUAUACGAUAUAUUUAUUAUAUUUAAUAUAUGUAUAAAUAUUUAUUAAUUAGUCGUGUACAGAGUAGGAAAUAUCGUAAAUAUUAAAACGUAUUUUUCUUUUUUUUUUCGAUCACAUUUUAUUUAUAUCGCUCUUUUCAAUUAAUUCAUUAGUACUUGAGGUUUAUUACGAAAAUAAAAACAAAAAAAAAUAUAUAAAAUAUUGUAAAUUGAAAAAAAAGGAUGACAGGAUAGCAAGAGCUUCAUUUUCUCCAGGACAGGGAUUUCUUGGCUGGAGAAAAUCUGCAUUGAAGUGGUGAAACGGAAUAAUUCGAUUUAUCACGUUUUAUUGAGAGUCAAUUUCUGUUUAGAAUGAUUUGAGACAUUUGUGCUUCAUGCGUGAAUUUUUCUAGGUAUUUUUCAUCUAAACUUUUUGUAGAGAGAAUAAGAAUUUACAAAAGAGUUUUCGCGAUAAAUCAUCAACUCCGUUGCCCUUUGCAAUUCUAUAAUUAAUUUUUAACUGAUAUUCCAUGACUCAUCGAUUUUUCGAGUGGUUGAUCGGAGGACGAGAUCCUUAUCAUAUUCUGGAUAUGAAAAAAAAUGUCUUUGGCAUUUAUUUCUCACAUCACUCAUUUAAAAAAUGUUUAUGUAAUGAUGUCGACACAUUACGUUUCACCAUGUCAAUAGAGAAAUGAACAAUGAUUCUGUAAUAAAAAAAUAUUCGUUGAGUAAAAUUAGACGAAAAAACGACCAUAAGUGUUCUACUAUCAAAAUAGCUGCCGUAGUCCUCCAGUUGUAAUUCGUAUUGGAUCUGAGAAGUGAAACAAAUCUACAGAAAUGUUUUAAAAUUGUAAUAAUAACGUGUAUCUCCGUAAACCACGAUGGACAAUUCAAUCUCCAAUGGAGAUAAAAGCAAAAUAAUUUUCAAAACUAUGUAUUACCAUAAAAAUUAAAUACUGUAUCCGAAAAUGAAAUGGGAGAACUUAAAAUGUGCAAUGUGCUUGUUAGAUAGAAAAAGUCCACGGCAUGAGAGAAAUUAAUUGAAACUGCACGCCAACUCAAUGAUUUUUCUGCGGCAGCUAAAUUAUAUUUGUUCCGUUUUAUUGAGUGUACAGAUCAGAUGAAUAGAAUUGCUAUUUUCCACGGAUUAUUUUGUUUCCAUAAUGAUUUUUCUAGAAUCUAAAUAAUAAUUUCAGUAGUAAAAAAACGAAAAGGGAAAAAG